AUGUCAAAGGGUUUCAAGGUUCCAACUACUACUCACGCAUUCAACAUCAACAAUAAGGCGCAUUUAGGACGCACAGAGAAACCACUCGAUGCAUACCGUUGUUUAGAGAGAGCUCUUCAAUUGACACGAGUCGUGGAGAACAGUAAGGCAUUUAGUAGCUUUAAUAUCUAUCAAUUUCCACCUCAGUCAGUUGCGCUACGCCAAGCUAUGAUGAAUUCCAAAAAAAAUGUUUUCAGUGGACCACACGUUGAUGUUAAAUGCCAAAAUGUGAUGAAGUCUUCACCGAGCCUGCUAUUGACAGCACCACGUUUGAUAAAGAAUGACUGGUUUAGGCCGUGGUCACAUAUCUUUGCCUUCUUCCGUAGAAUACGUACGAUUGCAUGGCUUUUUAAGAGGAAAAAAUACAACAGAAGGAGUACAAAGAAAGCUGGCAACAAAACAAUGUUUAAAGCUGAACAAAUAAAUGCAAGAGAAACAUUACACACUUACUCAAAGCGUGCCCAAAUUUUGUUUAAAGAUUCUGUCAAUCCUCUCUACCAAAAAAUACAUCGACUAUUGGGCAACAGCCCUUUGUUAGGUCAAAAGUCAUUUUUUAAUACUAGAGAACAUCAGAAAUUCAAGUGGAUGUUAAAUGAUCUGAACGAGCGGUGUGUACUAGUGCCAGCUAAUAAACGAUCUCAAUUCGCUCCUUUUAAAACAAUAUUGGCAAAUUCAACGGUUUUUUGCGUCUCUUUUGCCGCAUUAUCUUUAGCAGAAUCCAAAACAGGCAGUCUUUUCGCAACAGAUGGCAAAUUUCGAAGUGGUCAGUCUUAUGAGUGGGUUUUUUCAGAGUUAUUUUUGGUUGCGUUUCUUCAAUCUUACCUAGCCAGUGUUUACCGUCUUAGAAUUUCUAUAGUGGUGCAGUUGAUCCAAACUGUUAGUUAUUUUUUUCGCUUCUCGCAUUCACCUGUUCAAGCGGCAUGCUUUUACUAUGCCCUUAAAGCAUUGAAAAUGCCACAAUUUUAUAAACAGGUGAUAUGUCCAUGGAAUGUUCUAUACUAA